AUGAAUGUGGCUCUUAUUCAUGAUAAGCUUUUUAUAAAAGAUCUCUGGGAACAAAAAAUUGCUAAACACGACCAAAGGACAGAAACCGAAGACAUGAGGAAGAAAAAUAGUGCUCUCACCAAGCUGCGAGACGAAUGGCACCGAAGGCUUGAGAGUCGAACAAAACAUCUGAAGAAAUUAAAUGACGAACUUCUGAGGAAGAGCAAACUUGCCGAACAGGCAGAUGACACAUAAUGGAGUGUUGCAUU